AUGUGCUUGUUCUGCAACCACGAAAGGUCCAUUGAGAUCAAACUGGAUAAGAAGGUCGGGGUAGGCAAUCUUGAAUAUCUUUCUGCUCCGAUUGAUGUCUAUAGCGAAUGGGUUGACGCUGCAGAAGCUGUGGCCCAGGAAGCCGCCGCUGAAGCCAUGGCUGAGAAGCUGUCUGGCGGUCGGGGCGGCGGCUCAAGCCGCCGAGUACACGAUGAUGAUGACGAUGAGCGUGGUGGCUACGAAGGCGAGGGCAUUGUGCCUGAUGAUGAGGACUAUGAUUGA